AAAAGAUAUUCAAUGGUAUUUAAUCUAUAGUAAUCUCUAGCCAAAAGCUCCAAAAACCAGCAAAGCUAAGAAAUUAUAAAAGAAAGUAGCUGACAGAAAAAAGAAUCCACUUUUUGUAAAGGAUGCUAAAAACUUUAGAAUCGGAAAUGAUGUUUAGCCAAAGAGAGAUUUAUCAAGAUAUGUCAGAUGGCCUAGAUAUAUCUUACUUCAUAGAUAAAAAAAGAUUUUAUUACAAAGAAUCAAAGUACCAGCUGCUAUUCAUUAAUUCAGCAAAACACUUGAUAAAAAUCAAUGUAAAUAUUAUUUCUAUAUUCAAGCAUCUAAAGUAUUGGGUUUAUUGAAGAAAUAUUCACCAGAAACCAAAACUGAAAAAAAAUAAAGAUUAACCAAAUUAGCUGAAUAAAAGGCAUAAGCUUAAAAGUCAGAAUCAAAGAAAGUCUAAGUACUUAAAUUUGGAUUAAACCAUGUGACUACAUUGGUUGAGACUAAAAAGGCUAAGCUUGUUGUAAUUGCUUAUGAUGUUGACCCUAUUGAACUUGUUGUCUGGUUACCACAAUUAUGCAGAAGAUAGGAAGUUCCAUUCUGCUUCAUCAAAAGUUAUAUUCAUUAAUAUAUUUCUUAGAUAAGGCAAGAUUAGGAUCUUUGGUUCAUCAAAAAACUGCCACUUGUGUUGCCUUGACCGAAGUUAGAAAGGAAGAUCAAGCUGAAUUCGAUAAUUUAGUAUAAUUUUUUUGUAUUCUAAGGCAAGAGAUUUAAGAUAACAUUAUAAUGAAAACCAUGAAUUAUUGAGAACCAUCGGAGGAGGAUAAGUUGGAAUUAAAUCAAGACAUUAAUAGGAAGCAAUAAAGAAGGCAUUUGAAUUGGAAGAAUUAAAGAAGACAUCUUAAUGA